CAAGCCCUUGCAUCUCCAUCUCCUUUCUCUUUCUUCUUUCUUCUUCGUCACAAUACAUCCAUCCGCCCUUCCACGCCCACAGACGACCCCCAACGCCGACCUGCCCACAUUCAUUUGCACCCCACGAUCCUUAGCUGCCAAAAACAACAAAAACCCCUGUCAACAACCCCCUUUUCAACCAAUCAAAUCCCGUAUCAACCACACAAUGCUUGCCGCUGUUGCCAUCGCUGUUCUCCCCUUCCUCUCUGGCGCCUUCGCCAUUGACGGCUGCACCCGUAACGCCACCGUCGUCCAAGGUGACACCUGCGACUCUAUCUCCCGCCAGUACGGUGUCUCCACCUACCAGCUCGCCCUCGUCAACGACGCCGAGAUUGACGAGAACUGUGACAACCUCGAGCCCGACCAGACUGUCUGCCUCGGUGUCGAGGGCCAGGACUGCACCAAGGUGUACACUGUCGUCGCCAACGACACCUGUGCGUGGGUCCAGGAGAUGUACGGUAUCUCCAACGAGACCCUCUACGCCAACAACCCCCAGAUCGACGCUGCUUGUGAGAACAUUUACAUCGGCGAGGUCCUCUGUGUCGACACCGACGCCUUUGAGUACCCCGACUACAACUCUACCCUCUACGACUCUCUUGCGUACACUUACCUCCCUUACUGCGAUGAGCAGUAAUUGUCUCGCAUACGAGCCUUGUUCAAACUCCCACUCUCCUCCUCUAUCUAGGCGAUCCAUCUGUCAAAAGUAAUCCUAAUCCCACACCUCCCUAUCCUAUCUUGUUUGUCAUGCUUGCAACAAUGUAGCCAUUGUGCGGCAAUACUCUAUAUAUCCAAUCUUCUCAGUAUACCCCAUUUGCCCCGAUCUGCCUCAACGUGUCUAAUAAUCAUUUGGUUUCGACGUUUCGGAUUGUUCAUAUGUGGAGACUGUGGGGGGAUGAAGCCCGCGAGCUGUCAGGUACACGACACGGUUUAUGCAUCCUCAUCUUGAUG